AUGUACGAGGAGAAGGCUACACCAGUUGUUGCUACUUCAAAUUUGUCACCCGCUUCUAGAAGCCUGUUCAGAAUAGAAAGCCCUGAUCCUGAAGACUAUGGACGAGCAUUGCGGUACGGUCAACCAGUUAUGUUCUCGUUACAGCCAGAAUUCGGUCCAGUGAACAAGGACAAGCCACCAAAACCAUUCUAUCUGGCUAGCCAACUUUCACGCCUAGGGGACCCACUUUGCCAGUCUGGUGCGCAGAUGGUAUUCUUUGAACAAGGCGAGCCGAGUUACGCCGCUCACUGGGAAAUCGUGGCUGCUGACUGUCAGCUAAGGCAUGAGAAAGAGGGCAGACUUGUAAAGCUGGGUGACAACAUACUCAUCAGACAUAUUCGUACAAACAAACCGCUGGCACUGGAACCGAAGUUUCCAAUUCGAACAAUAUCCGGAAGAGAUAUUCAAGUGAGUGCGAACGCCUACUAUGACUCACACAGGGCCGAACGUGAUGUGAACAUUUGGACGUUGUCACGUGGUGUGCUGAGUAGAGGACAGGAAGAAGACCGGGAGGAAAACCAAGAAAAACCCAAAAUGGAGCAGUCAGGUGACGAGGAUGCAGAGCCAUAGAUUCAUGAACAGGCGUCGCUAUCGGGUGCAGCACAUUCAGGGAUAGAUUGACUUCUCGUCUUACGUAAAAUAAGAACUUCCAAAACUAAUGAACACAUUGGAUAUACAAAGAUUUUGACAUGUUCACAAAAAUCUUUUUUCAAACAUUUUCCUAUAUUUAAUAAACAUUUUC